AUGGUAAUAUCAAGCUGGAUCUGCACUAAAAGCACCAAGAACAUGCUUGUUAAAAUUGUUCAUCCUGGAGGUCACAUAGAGCUCCAUGAUAGGCCUGUUCUUGCAGCAGAGGUCAUGCUUCGUAACCCGAAAUGCAUAGUUGCCUAUCCACAAGUGUUCCGGCAGCCUUGGGCUAUUGUUGCACCAGACACCAUGCUAGAGCUUGGUCAGAAGUUCUAUGUUGUUCCUAUAAACACCAUCAGAAAACUUCAGCGUAAGAACAUCAAAUAUUCUCAAUCUCCAAUAAAUGGUGUCCAAACCAGCAAGACCCCUAGCAAUGAUGAAAAAGGCAGUGAUAUCUCAUCCACUUGCUGGCUUUUUAUUAACAAGAACAUGAAGUCACCGUGUCAUUUCUUACACAGAGAAGGUGAGAGAGCAAACACCACAGGAAAUAAAAUCAAGAGUACUAAAGCCAACAGCCAUGAUACAAGUGAGGAAAUAAGGAGAAAUAAGGAGAUGACAACAGGAUCACCCACGGGAUUUACGUCUCUUGAUCAUUGGCAACCAAAUCUAGACAGCGUCGUUGAAGAAUAUUAA